AUGUGGACUGUGAAAUUUCCCGAUGACAAGCCUUUUGUUUAUUCCAUUUUUGGGAUCCAAUAUCCCACCGGACAGCCCAAUGAAGAGCAAUCAGAUCUUAAAACCCGAUUCAAUGAUUUGAUCACCGGACACCCCGACCACGUCGACCGAUUGAUACAAGAUGGCUGUGCAUCGAUUGCUGGCGGAAGAACACAUAUCUGGUUAGCCUACUGGAAGUCAAAUGCGCAGUAUGAAUCCUGGUGGAAUCAGAAAGAAGUUGUUCAUUUUUGGAACACUCUGUCAGCCGGGUCCGGCAUGUGGAGGGAGAUCCUGAAACCCUCCCCUCGUCGAACCCAGUAUGGAACCAACCAAUUGUCCAAAACAGGGAUGGGUCACUUGGGCGACCGGGCCUCUCUCGGUGAACAUGCCGGAUACUGGGGCUGCUAUCGGCAACGCAUGGCGGAUGCGGCCACCGACAAGUUUGCAACAGACUCGGGCUCUGUUUGUCCUCACAUGGCAUCCAAGAACGACUCUGAUCGCGUACAUUUCACGGAAUUUCCAGAGAACUUGUGCUUUGUAGUUGAAGGCCAGGAUCAUUCUGCUCUCACGGCCGACGAGCGCGCGUACUGGUUUGACAAUUUCGAUAGCUCCGUCAAUGAAUGGAUUUCGGACCUUGUCAAGUCAGGACCUGAAGCUGGAAUCCUCGAUGCCAGGCUCUGUUAUGAGCCUGAAAGUGGUACAUUCCGUGAAUCCGAGCCCAGGGCGAUGAAUUAUAAUAAAAAAGUUCAACUGUUCUUUUUUAGGGAUCUCGGCCACAUGGAGCGGAUUGGGCGUCUCCAUAAAGGUCACGCUGACUUGAGGAGACGAUUCCUUGAGUCUUAUGGACCUGGUGGAGCGAUGGAGAAUGGAAAGAUUUGUUUGUGGGUUGAGACUUCGGUCUUGAAAGCGGAUGAGGUUGAAUGUGAAUAUGUUGGCUGCGUUCAAGGCACUGGUUUCAUGUCGAAGGGUUAA